AUGUCGAAGAAGAGUCAGGGCGAGACCCGUGUCAAGAAGAAUGCAUUUGUACACAAAUUAUAUACCAUGUUGAGUGACCCUAGUCUAGAUAAUCUAAUAUGGUGGAGUAACAACAAUCCUGAAAAUAACACAUUUGCGUUAUACCCUGGCAAGGAGUUUGCUGAUUGUUUGACGCGAUAUUUCAAGCAUGGUAACGUUGCCAGUUUUGUUCGUCAGUUGCACAUGUAUGGCUUCCACAAGGUCAGCGAUGCCCACCACCAUCACCACCAACAACUACAAAACCAACUCAAAUAUAAUCCCAUGAAUAUAGCAGGAUUGAAUAACGGACCAUUGGAACAACAACAACAGCAACAACAACAAGGAGCAGUGGGCUCGGGAUAUAUGGGUGAUAAUUUAGAUAACCCCGACUUGAUUGAUAAUAAAGAUGUGCCACCAAUAUGGGAAUUCAAGCAUCUGAGUGGCAAGUUUAGAAAAGGAGAUGAAAGCUCGUUGGUUUAUAUAAAGCGAAGGUCAAGCUCAAAUAGUAAUUCAAGGAAUAAUAGCUAUAGUAAUGAGAGGCAGUAUCAACGAGGGGAAAGUUUGUCCCAGCAGCAACAACAACGCCUACCGGAACAGUACUACCAAGAGCAACAACAACAUCAUCAUCAGCAGCAACAGCAGCAACACAUACAUCUACAGCAACCUCAAUUUGCGCCUCAUUUGCAAGAGAAUCUUGGAUUUCCAAACCAAACUUUCGUCAGAGACCAGGGCAAUGCGGUAUACGUGCCGAAUCAACAGUCACAGCCAACAGCUAUAUAUGAUCCAAAUUCGCAGCAAUACCAUCCAAUACAACAACAAUAUUACUAUUACCAAGGGCAACCACAGCAGCAACAGUCGUACGUUUACUUUAAUCAAGUACAACCACCCCCGCAACCACAGCCGCAGCCGCAACCACAAUUACAACAGCCACCUGCGCAACAUCAGCAACCAAUUUUCAAUCAAGGAUUUAACGCGCAAUAUAAAUUACUGGAUGGGGGAACAACGACGGCUGCAUCACCCCCGUUAUCUUCAUCUUCAUCAUUUAACCAGAAUCCGACUCGUUCGCAACCGCAGAGGUUUAACUCAUUUGCUUAUCCACCGGACCAGAUACCACCACAAACUGCCCAAUACCAGCUGCAGUACCAGGAACUGUCACUCACUCCAAAUUCAAACUCUGAUGUGAGUAAUCAACCACCACAGCAACCACCACAGCAACCACCACAACAGCAAAAUCCCAUACAGCAGAAGGAUCAAAGGUGGUCGUCACGCUCCUCGACGCCUCAAAACAAACAAAUACCUGAAUCCGAAUCUCAACCUCAACCCCCACCUGAAAAGCGGACUACACCCAUGGAACAGUUCGCACCAAAUCUCCAGUUUAGAAAAGUUUGGGAUGACCACCAUGGGUCACGUCAAAGAAACCCGUCUUUGUUAUGUGAUCCAUUAGCUUCGGCACCAAUUCCAUCAGGGAGCUCAAUAACACCGCCGAUUGGAGGCUUGACCAACAGGGGCAUCUCGCCGUCUUCAAUUGGAAACCGGUUAUCCAUUCAAAGGAGUAUAUCGUCCAACACAAUCAAUUCAAGACAAUCGGUGACAUUGCCUCCGCCAUCAUCUAUUCAUCGUCCAAGUUCAUUUCUUGCCAAUUCCAGUAUUUCGUCACAAUCGACAAUAUUGUGCUCGCCAGGAGCAAGAACGCAAUCAUCAUCAUCAACAAUCACCCCGAUCAUUGCCCCGAUCCCCCAUAGGAAUAGUGUAACCAGCAACAACAACAACAACAACAAUCAAACGACGGGGGAAACGCCACCUUUAGGUUCAAAUGCCGCUGGCAUUGAUAUAACACCACAUCCAUUGUCGACCUUGGCAGGCGCAACAGCAGGAACUGCGUCUUACUCUUUACCAUUGACCCCAGUUGGACCUAAACGACCAGUUUCAGAGAAUAACCAUCAAUCGGACUCACAGUCGCUGUUGCAAUUACAAGCACGCUCGCUCCCUGGUUUGGCGUCAGGUGCCAGUUCCAAUAAUAAUGCCCGUAUGGGCCCUCCACCUCCGGCAACCAAGAUUCCUUCCAUAUCAAGCUCGUUGCAGGAUAGGUUACGUCCUUCAGUGUUUGAGCUCCACGCAGCCACAAGCAAGCGUGAUACAUUGAGUUCAAUCAGUGGUGUAUCUCCCACUAAUGGAGGAGGUGGUGGAGGUAACAAUAGUGCGCCUGGCAGUAUAUCGGUAGGCGGGUCGAUUGGGUCACAUUCAACGAUGCUGAUUUUUUCCAACAAGUCGUCAUCGAUCUCAUCAACACAAUCGUCAUUUUCGUAUCCGUUUCAACGUACAUCGUCCUUUGGUGGAUCGAUAUCGUUUGGCACAAAGAGCUCGAUAUCUAUUGCGCCGCAUGAAGUUGUUGAUGAAGUGAAAAUGAGGCCAGUGACUCCGCAAUCGCCAAAACAUGUCGAUGGUGAUGGUGAUGGUGAUACCAAUAGUGGAGUUGCUGGUGCUGCAUCAGAGGAAGCAAUACAGCCGGCGCCACCUUCGUCAGCAAGAUUGAAACACUCACUGCGUCCAACGACGCCUGUUUAUGGACACGCAACGUCGUCCCACAACGCUCGAUCAAGUUCGCCAUUGUCAAGAAGCUACGAUACUAAUGCUAGCAGCGGAGCAAUAACUAAGCCACAGCCGCCAAAUAAAAAAGUUAGUGUUACUUCAAUGCUCGACGACUCAGCCAACUCGACGACUGCUUCUAAAGCCUUGCCGAAACUUACACAUGCAGUGACUCAAUAUGCAAUGGCAAGGUCGAGAUCGACGUCACCAACUACGGUACGAACACCUUCUUCUGGGGGUACGCCUACAAUUCUUCCUCCAUCAUCUACAAGCACCAACACCACUGCUAAUGCAACGAGUGCGUCUAAUUUUGAAAAUAGGCAACCGCUUUACAUGUCGUCCCUGAUUCGCGAAGAGAAGAAUUCACAUUCGUCGUCGAGCAGUGAGGAGAGUAGUGGUAUCAAGCAAAAUGCUGGUUGA